AACCGAGCACCUCCACUACUGGAGCAUCAUAGACAACUAAUAGGGUUUAGGUGGCUGCCCUUCCGGCUUAUUGGUGCUUGACAGCUACAUCGGACGUCAAGGAAACAAAUAGUUGGGGAAAGAGACCCUAAGAUGCCAUCAUCAGUUGCACAAAACAGGCAUCAGAUCGUUCCUGGUACGUGUGCCUCAGUCGGGGCUGUUUUCGAGCGACUUCUUGGGUGCUCCGGGUCUGCACCUGAAGAGCUGUUGACCUCCGCCUAAGAAGUUGUUCGAAAACAGCCCAGGCAGACAUCAAUUUCAACGCUCGCCGCCCUCACCGUCUUUCAGCGAGAGCCACCAUCAUUCAAUCCCCAUUCAAGUUCGGGAUCUGGUGGUUUGGUGGAACGGUCUAAACCACUGGCAGCCCCUGAGUAGCGUAUCCAUAUAUAUAUCUACUACUAUAUACACCCACGUACGCGAACGCAAAUACUCGAAGCCAUUCUGUUGUGCCCGUCUUGAUGGCGACCAUCUGCGAUUUAUUCCCCGAGUACCGCUCCACAACCUUGCUCGACGACCUGCGUCGGAGCGAGUACGACUACCUCGACGCCAACCACCAAGUCUACCUGGACUACACCGGCUCCGGACUCGCCGCGCGGUCACAGCGGCAGCACCACGAGCAGCGGCUGUCCCAGUUUCCCUACGGCAACCCGCACUCAAUCAACCCUUCCAGCGCGGCCGCCACCGAGGCGAUUGAGCGGACGCGGGCUAGGAUUCUUGCGCACGUCAACGCCUCGCCGGCCGAUUAUGCCGUGGUAUUCACCCCCAACGCCACGGGCGCCGCGCGGUUGGUUGGGGAGGCUUACCCCUUCCGCAAGGGGACCAGAUAUGUCCUCACAGCGGACAACCAUAACUCGGUUAAUGGAAUCCGCGAGUUUGCCAGGGCCAAGAAGGCUACCACCGUCUACGUCCCCCUGGCGCAGGGGACUGAUUUGCGUGUUGGUGAGAAGGAUGUGCUGGCCGCGCUGGCGCCGAAGAUGAAAAGGGGUAAGACAAGGCAGCUGGUUAAGUCGGCUCUCAACUGCCGUGGCGGCAUGCUCGGGAGACUUGCUUCAUCUUUGCCAUGUCACCAUGACUCGAACCGUGACCGCCAGGUGAAGAAGAAGGGGCUGUUUGCGUACCCGGCGCAGAGCAAUUUCAGCGGCGUGCAGCACCCACUCUCAUGGGUGUCCCUCGCGCAGCAAGCCGGCUACCAUGUGCUGCUCGACGCGGCCGCAUUCCUCCCUACCAGCCCGCUGGACCUGUCCGGCCCGGAGGGAGUCAAGCCCGACUUUGUGCUGAUCAGCUGGUACAAAGUGUUUGGCUACCCGACAGGGGUGGGAUGUCUGAUUGCGCGGCGCGAUGCGCUGGCUGUUUUGCGGCGGCCCUGGUUCUCGGGGGGGACCGUCCAAGCCGUUGCCGUCAGCACCACUGGCAGUCCUCGACCGACGGUUACUGGUGACAAUGCUGGUGCUGCUGGGCAGCACUUCAUGGCUGAGGGUGAGCAAGCGCUUGAAGACGGCACGGCGAACUUCCUGUCCAUCCCGGACGUGCAUUUCGGACUGGACUGGCUGGCCGGGGUGGUCGGGAUGCGGACCGUGCAGACGAGGGUGCGGUGUCUGACGGCCUGGUUCCUGGCCCGGCUGCAGAGCGACGAGAUGCGCCAUGCUGACGGCAGGCCCAUGGCCCGCAUCUACGGGCCGAGAAGUAUGCGAGCGCGGGGAGCCACGGUCGCUUUCAACUUUCUUGAUGCUAAGGGGCGCGUGGUCGACGACGGACUCGUGGCGCUCGAGUCGGCCGCUGCAGGCAUCUCGCUCCGCACGGGGUGUUUCUGUAACCCCGGUGCCAGUGAGCGCGCGCUGAGGCUGGAUAUCAAUGCGAUUCUGGAACGGCUGGCUGCUGCUAGUGCUGGUAAGGAAGGGAAGUACGACGGCUUGGGUGAGACUGAGUCGAUCAGGGUUGCUGGGCGCUUGGCCCCUGGCGCGGUGCGCGUGUCGUUUGGGCUCGCUUCGACGAGCGCCGAUGUUGAUGAGUUUUUUGCGUUUGCGUGCGAGACGUACAAGGACCGCGUAAUUGCGCCCAUUGGGUCCAACUUUUCCGAUGGCAGCUUUGAGAAGAAGCGCGGAUGAUGGAUAACUCAGGGGCGAAACAACGCUGCCUUCCUUGGCGGUUCCAGAC